ACUUCCACCCACCCCGGCAGGCAGUUGGAGUGGUGACCGUGUGGUCCGAAGCCUGCCUCGGCUUACAUCUUACUAUAAAAAAUAAUUGAAAAAAAUAUAAAAAAUAGAGAAAAUUGAAAAAAUAACAAAAUAUCUCAUAACCCUGAACCGGUGAAGCAAGGCCACCUCACAGCGCUAACUACGUGGCUGGAUAAGAAGACAGACCCUCUCAUGAUUCAAGUCAUUAAGAAGACAUCCACGACGUGCUGUUGGUAACAGAGCACCUCUCUUCACCAGUCAACGCUACUGUCGGAAUCCUUGUGUAAUCGGACGCGCCCACCAAGAUGAACCACAGCGCAGCUCCCAGUUACCCCAUGGCCUCCUUGUAUGUCGGGGAUCUCCAUCCUGAUGUGACCGAGGCAAUGCUCUAUGAGAAGUUCAGUCCUGCCGGCCCCAUACUUUCAAUUCGGGUUUGCAGGGAUAUGAUAACACGUCGAUCCCUCGGAUAUGCCUAUGUGAACUUUCAGCAACCGGCAGAUGCUGAGCGAGCCCUGGACACCAUGAACUUCGAUGUCAUCAAAGGCAGGCCUGUGCGCAUUAUGUGGUCCCAGCGUGACCCUUCACUCAGAAAGAGUGGGGUUGGAAACAUAUUCAUUAAAAACCUGGACAAGUCCAUCGACAACAAGGCCCUUUAUGACACAUUUUCUGCUUUCGGAAACAUCCUCUCUUGCAAGGUGGUUUGUGAUGAGAAUGGCUCGAAGGGCUACGGCUUUGUGCACUUUGAGACCCAGGAGGCGGCAGAGAGAGCCAUUGAGAAAAUGAACGGCAUGCUGCUUAAUGAUCGCAAAGUGUUUGUGGGGCGUUUUAAGUCCCGCAAGGAGCGAGAGGCUGAGCUGGGUGCCCGUGCCAAAGAGUUCACCAAUGUCUACAUCAAGAACUUUGGGGAGGACAUGGACGAUGAAAAACUGCGCGAGAUCUUUGGCAAGUUUGGCCCUGCACUGAGCAUCAGGGUGAUGACAGAUGAGAGCGGGAGGUCCAAAGGCUUUGGCUUCGUCAGCUAUGAGAGACACGAGGAUGCACAGAGGGCCGUGGAUGAGAUGAAUGGGAAGGAGAUGAAUGGUAAACUGUUGUUUGUGGGCCGGGCGCAGAAGAAGGUGGAACGGCAGACGGAGCUCAAGCGCAAAUUUGAGCAGAUGAAGCAUGACCGCAUGACCCGCUACCAGGGUGUGAAUCUCUAUGUGAAGAAUCUGGACGAUGGGUUGGAUGAUGAGCGCUUGCGUAAAGAAUUCUCCCCAUUUGGGACCAUUACCAGUGCCAAGGUCAUGAUGGAGGGCGGUCGCAGCAAAGGCUUCGGCUUUGUGUGCUUCUCCUCGCCAGAGGAGGCCACCAAGGCGGUGACGGAGAUGAACGGGCGCAUCGUGGCUACCAAGCCCUUGUACGUGGCGCUGGCACAGCGCAAGGAGGAGCGCCAGGCCCACCUCACCAACCAGUACAUGCAGAGGAUGGCAACCGUCCGGGCCGUGCCCAAUCCAGUCAUCAACCCCUACCAGCCCGCGCCACCCUCCGGCUACUUCAUGGCUGCCAUCCCCCAGGCCCAGAACCGCGCGGCGUACUACCCCCCAAGCCAGCUGGCACAGCUCAGACCUGGCCCACGCUGGGCCACCCAGGGCAUGCGCCCUCAGCAUUUCCAGAGCAUGCAAGCGAACACCAUGCGACCAUCUGCACCUCGUCCGCAGACCUUCAGCACUGUGAGACCGGCUUCCCAGGUGCCACGCAUGGUGGCAUCUCAGCGCAUGACCUCUCAGAAUCUUGGCCCACGGCCGGCCAGUGCCACCGCUCCUUCUGCUGCCCCGGUGCGCGGCGUUCCCCAGUACAAGUACGCCGCAGGAGUGAGGAACCCACAGCUGGGCUCACAGCCACACUCCGCCAUGCAGCAGCCUGCUGUCCAUGUCCAAGGCCAGGAGCCGCUGACGGCCUCCAUGCUGGCAGCAGCCCCCCCACAGGAGCAGAAGCAGAUGUUGGGAGAGCGCCUGUUCCCACUGAUCCAGAACAUGCACCCCAACCUGGCGGGGAAGAUCACAGGCAUGCUGCUGGAGAUCGACAACUCCGAGCUCCUCCACAUGCUGGAGUCUCCAGAGUCUCUGCGCUCCAAGGUGGAUGAGGCCGUGGCUGUGCUGCAGGCUCACCAGGCUAAAGAGGCUGCUCAGAAGUCUGUUACUGGCCCAGCUGUGCCAGCUGUUUAAUGCCAAGGAAUGGGAAUGCUACAGCUUGCUUCACUGGUUAAAAGAAGAAGAAGAGAAAAAAAGAAAGAAAAAUAUUAAACAUUGAAAAAAGCUAAAACCCAGAAAACAUUGCAAAAGAAAAAAAAAAGCUAAAAAAUGGAAUGAAAAUCAAAAUUGUUUUACCAGGUCUGGGAAGAAAGUGUCUAGGCCUAGAUUAUUUACAUAGAAAAAAAACAAAAACAAAAAAAGGAGGGGAAAAGUGAAAAAUUGUUUGAUGUUUGAGAAAUUAUUUUAAAAUGAAAGCCUUGUCUUUUUCCAGUACUGUACGGAUGCACAGAAUAUUAUGUUUGGAACAAAACACAAACAUGAUAGCUAGGCUCUGGAGAGAUGUCUGUGGAUUAAGAACUGCUUGCUUUAAUAAAAUCUCACACUGAA